CUUAUUCUUUUUGUGGUUAUUAUGACUGAACUAUAUAAUACAUAUUUCUAAUUUUGUCGUUUCCAUUUAGCAUAAAAAUGGACAAGAUGGCAACAAAGGUGAAAUUUCUUUUAUGCUAAAAUUUUUAUACUUGCAAUUUCACCAAAAACCCAUGCUAAGUUAAAUUUUUCGUUUUUUAGAAAUUUCGAAGGAUCAAUUUGUCAAAAUGUUUGUGAAAACAAGUAAGUAUUUUUUUAUGCUGCAACAAUUAACACAUUCUAACCAUGUCUUUCCAAUAUUUGUGUGGCACUCAUGAUAGAAAAGUUAAAAAAUUUUCAAAUAAUCUAUUUUCUUUAGAUAAACUGUUGACAGAUCAAGAUUAUCAUCAACUACAGAACAAUCCAAACUUCCCUUUACAAUGUGCAAAAAGUAAAGCAUCAAUUGGAGGAAUGUUUGCGAGAGAUCAGAAUGGAAAAUUAGCUCUUCUGUUUUAUGUUAAUAGAAUUUCAGCAGCAGGUUGUUGGGGAUAUUAUUUGCAUCUUCAGGAAGGAUCAAAAAUUCAACAAGAAUACUUUAAUUUCCACAAUAUUGACAAAGACUUUCAAAAAGUUGCUUACCUUCAACUUUCCACUUCGUAUAACUUCACUGUGAUACCGUUACCCAAUGGUCCACCAAAACAUUUAGUUUUCACAUCACCAAGUCCAUGUGUAUUUGAAUUGAUAUAUGAAAUAACAAUGGAAGUGGGAAAAUCGAAUAUUUUUGAUGGCUGUGGCUUACCAGGUAAAAAUUUUCAAAUAUUUUUUACAGCACAUCAGCUAAAGUAAAUUGUGUAUUUUAAAAAUGUAUUUUUUAAAUUUGUAUUACUCGUACAUGCCUUUGAAUUAUUUGAUAAAAUUUUACAUUUAGGAUUCGUUGAGAAGAGAGGAGUGGCUGAAAAAAUAUGUGAGACGUAUCCUAGCAACAAAAAGAUGCAAACUCAAGUUGUCAGACACGAGUUACAAAAUACAAACUGCAUGUUGGAUUGGAAAAAGAUUUAGAAAUAAAUAUAUACUAACAAAAUUUGAAAGUUGAUCUUUCAAGAUAUUGUACGGUGUAAAUUUCUACUUGCUAUAUAAAAGUUGUUACGUUAUUAUAA